AUGAUACUCCGAAGCGUGCUUCUCGUUGCCGCCUCCCUGCUCUCCUUCGCGCUCGCCGAUGUCGAGGUCACGUCGCCGGCCGCAGGGGCAUCACUGGCCGGCCUCUCCCUCACAGUCGAAUGGGAAGACUCUGGCGAUACCCCGAAACUCGCAGACCUCGCCUCGUAUCAGCUGUUUCUUUGCGCAGGAGGAAAUGACGAGGACGAAUAUGUGCAACUGGCGACGCUGGUGACAACGGGGGAUUUCGAAAAGGGCAACUCUGUCACCGCGACGCUGACCCCUGGCCUCGGGGCCAACGUGCAAAAUGCCUACUUUCUCAAGUUCAUCUCCGCAGCGACCGGAGGCACCGUGGUCAACUUCUCCAACCGCUUCUCCCUCACUUCCAUGACGGGAACGUUCCCUGCCGCCGUCACGACGGGGCUCAAGUCUGUGACCGGCACCAAAGGACCUGCGACGCAGAACAAUAUUCAAUCGGCCCAGAAUAAAGCACCAGCUGCUGAUCCAGCAGUCGACACCGCCCCUCCUAAUGGCAAUUCUGUGUAUCAAGUCCCGUAUACCUUGCAGACGGGGUCGAUCCGCUACGCGCCGAUGCCUCCUAGAGCACCGACCCAGAUCACGGCAAAGACGGCUUCCGCUCAGUGGCCGACGAGUGCCUGGACGGUGUACAAGUCGAACGUCGGAGCCCCGAAUGCUAUAACCACGCAUACCGAGGUUAUGACUUUCAGCGUCUCGAGUAGGGAAGCAACGGUCGCCGCGGCCGGACAACCCACUGACGCCGCAUUACAAAAGUUCUUGAACCGAUGGAAGGAUUAG